AUGCAGCAGCGCCAGUUGUAUGAAAUGGACUUUUUCAAACCAGAAGCAGAAGCAAAUGAAUUACUGUUGAUUUUAGACCUGGACAAAUUAAAAUAUGCACCAUUAACUAAUCUUGGAUGUGAAUCACAACUUGGGAAAUUAGAUAACAGAAUCAGAUUUGCUGGUGGAAUGACAACAAUAACCACUCAUUCUAGAAUGAAUAUUGUUUCUUCCAAUGGUCUUUUGUGUAAUUCUCAAUUUGUUGAUCUAGCAGAUAAAGACAAGAAAAUUAGAUGGAAUUGGGGAUCAGAAACUGUCCAGAAGGUAAAACAGCUGGAGGAGUUUCUAUCUACUGUAAGAGCAAGCAAGGAUAUGGCAUUAAAGAAGAAAGAAGAAUUGAAAUUAAAAAAGAAUAUCAAAAUGCUUCAGGCUCUUGAAACUUGCAAAAGACACGGUGGGCCAGUAACAUCUUCAACUAUACCACUUCUGGAAAGAUUGGAUCAGAGAGAGUUAUUGAAAGAAAUUUUUUAUUUGAGGAAUACAGUAGCACCUGAUAUUAGACAAAAAAGAUGCGUGAAAUGUGCCACAGGCAAUUUUAGGUAUGAAACGUUUUCCGAGAAAGAAUUGCGUCAGAUAAUAAGAUAG